AUUAUUAUUUUUUUAAUCAUGGCCGCGGCCAGCUCUCAUGUGGGCCGACGUGACUAAACCUGCAGAACUGAUAAGUUCGCUGAUUUAAAAUUCGCCGAUCCAAAUGGGCAAGGCAAAACCUAAAAAACAUACGUCCCGACGUAACAACCCUACUGGAAUGCCAUCGGCUCGUGACAUGGAAGAGGAGGGAGUACUCCAGGAGACAAAUGUCAACAGCUCUGUCGAGGAGCUGUGCGACAUGCUCCAAGGAAGUAAAUUGGAGGAACGAGAAUGUGCAGCAAAUAUUAUGGCCAGUAUCGCAAGAGACCCAGCCUCCUGCGAAUCACUUUUGAAAGCAUCAGUUAUACGAACAGCAGCGCCACUGCUGCUUGACAAGAACACUGCCGUGCGGCACUGCAUUGCUGGAGCACUUCGGAACAUAAGUGCCAUUAGCCAUGAAGCAUGCCAUGCACUUAUUGAUUUCGAUGUCAUGACACCAUUAAUAGGCCUUCUAAAACAGUACAAUUCUCCUUGGAAGCCUGCUGAAUCACAAGAGAAAAUAGAUUCAAAGACUGAAGUUUUUUAUGAAGGCGUACAUUUAUUGUGGAAUUUGUGUGAGAGCAGUGAAACCUCAGUGUCUGUAUUCAACCGAGAAAGGUUAUGGACAUUGCUGCUUCCCUGUAUGGAUGUAGGCAUAUAUGGCACAAGGAUAGCAACAGCUGUAGGCCAUUGCUUGCAUGCUGUUUCUGAGGACAAUGCAGAGCUGGCUGAAUGUCUGAAUGACUUUGAAGCUAGCAUUUUCAAAACUUCAUCGGAAGAUCCCGGUGUAAUACUACUUCAGGUCCUCUCAGCAGGGAUCCUGAUAAAUAUCAGAGAAGUUCAGGAAGUUCCCUUGGUGCCUGCUGUGUUGCCACUCAUUCCUGUUUUGGCUAAGGCACUGUCUCUUCCAGUGCUUGAUCAAAUAAAGACGUUGUCAGAGAAGGUGGCUGAGCUUCAAGCAGCCACGAAACAGAGAAACGUAGACACAGAAGAAGCGGAACAGGAAGAGAAGACCAUUGACCAACUUGUUGCAUUGGUUUUGGAUGCCUUGAUGGCCAAGCAAACUGCCCUGGAAAUUCUUUCCAACCUCUGCUGUGGAGAAGGUGAUGACGAGUCUGAAGAUGUCGAUGCUUCUGACGAUAGCUCCGAUACCUUUGAUGGUGACAUGGAGACUGAGGAAACUUCUGCCAUUUUCCCUCUUAAUAUAUCUUCUGAAUUUCAUGAGGCUCUGAUGGCACAGAACAUUGUCUGCAAAGUCCUGGACCACGUGAGCCAAAUGGACGAUGCAUUUGGCAGUUGUCUUGGUGAACACAAGCUUUCAGCCUCAGUGCCAAAAAGGGUUCAUGCAGUUCGGUGCCGCGCCCUGCUUUGUAUUGGUAAUAUGGUUCAGGCAUUGGCUCCGGAUGAUCUUGGUGGAAUUUCUGGUUUGGUUAGCAUGUGGACAUGUUUGGCACAGCUGGCGUUUGUGCAAAUGGAUUCCAAAGAUCUUGAGCUCUUGGAGGCAAGCACCAGUGCCUGCAGGUCAGUGUUGCAGACUCUAGCCUCAUCUGUCGCCAGCAGUGGAAAUGAUGGCACACCGCCUCUGCCUAGUGUCUCUGAUGAAGAACUUAAAGUCCUCACUCAAGUGGGUCUGCAGUGUUCUGAGCCCUCUGUAAGGACUAAUGUGACGCGCAUUAUGGCCACCUUGGGCUGCCUGUUGGGUGCACAUGAGACUAAUGUCCUCAAGAAAGUAGGGCAGUACCUUUUGGAAGUUUCCCUGAAGGACUCCGACACCGUGGUGGUAACAGAAGCACUGGAUGCUAUUUUUGAUGUCUUUGGAGAAGACACGACUGAUGCAGUUGCUGCAGAAAUUGAAUUGGUGGCAAGGUUACGGCAAGUGCUACCUACCUUUAAAAGCAAGGUAAAGCAAGCAAAAACGAUGUUCGCAAGUCACUACCCCGUGAUUGUGACAGCCAGAACAAAUUUGAUACGCUUUAUCAAGUACAAGACACAAAGAAAAGGAAUGCAGAAUGGAAGUGGAGGCGAUAUUGGCUAAGCAUUCCUCCACAUCCAAGGAUGCAAGAAAAAACUUGAUUUGAAAGCUUGUGUGUGUGUGUGUGCGCAUAAAUUUUUCCUUGAUGCAGGCA